UAACGGCUAACUUUUCCGAUGCCCACCUUUUAAGCGCCUCUCUCUCUCUACAAAGUAGCGACGAAAACUAGAGAGAGAAAGAGAGAAUGGGUUAGGGCUCUCUCUCGUCACUCCAAACCAAAACCCACUCUCUAUCUAUCUCUCUUUCUCUCCCCCAGCCUCACCAAAACCCUAAGCCGUCAUCUAUAUAUAUAUAUAUAUAUAUAUAUAUAUAUAUAUUAGGGAUCAGCAUAUCAAGACCUUGAAUUUAUAGCAGAGACAUGUACAGGGAUCGAGGAAGUGUUGGGUCGAAAUCGGAGAUGGGUCACGUUGAUCGGAAGCGAAUCAAUGAUGCCCUAGACAAGCACUUGGAGCGAUCUUCACCGUCCACGUCGAGGAGAUUGAACGGCAAGGAUCUUAAGGAUCGGUUGUCGGCACAGUCGAUAUUAACUGGCAAACCACCACCGGACCAGAAGGACCUUCGCUCGUCGUCUCUGGCCGAAAACAAAUGUUCAGAUGAAGAAUCUGAAACAGACAGUGAAGAGUCCGAAGUUAGUGGUUCUGAUGGGGAUGACACAUCGUGGAUCUCAUGGUUUUGCAAUUUGCGUGGGAAUGAGUUUUUCUGUGAAGUUGAUGAUGAUUACAUCCAGGAUGAUUUUAACCUCUGUGGGUUAAGUAGUCAAGUUCCUUACUAUGAUUAUGCACUUGAUUUGAUUCUGGAUGUUGAAUCAUCUCAUGGUGAUGUAUUUACAGAGGAACAGAAUGAAUUAGUUGAAUCAGCAGCAGAGAUGCUUUAUGGUCUAAUUCAUGUCCGGUACAUAUUGACAACUAAAGGAAUGGCUGCUAUGCUAGAGAAGUACAAGAAUGGCGAGUUUGGAAGAUGUCCGAGAGUUUACUGCUGUGGACAACCCUGCCUCCCUGUUGGUCAAUCAGACAUUCCUAGGCAAAGCACUGUAAAAAUUUACUGUCCUAAGUGUGAGGAUCUUUACACACCUCGGUCCAGGUUCCAGAACAACAUUGAUGGAGCCUAUUUUGGAACAACAUUUUCUCACCUCUUCCUCAUGACUUAUGGGAACCUCAAGCCGCAAAAGGCAUCACAGAGCUUUGUUCCAAGAGUAUUUGGUUUCAAGAUGCACAAGCCAUGAGCCUCCCAAGCUGCCAUUUGGGGUGGGAUUUCCAAGCUCCCUCUUGGCAUAUAUCCGUAUUGGUAAUUCUAUUGCUUCUGUUGGAAGUAAAUGGUUUUGGCAAUACAGCAAGAGUUCAGAAUUGCCAAGAGAUCACAAACUAUAUUCACCUUAUAUAUAUGGUGUGCAGAAUAUCUGAAAAAGCAUUUUGACCUACAUGUCAAGCUAUUUUGCCUUUUUAAUUUAGCUAUUUAUUUUGAGAGUUUCUGUAAGCUUUGUUGUUUCGGGGUGGAGUAUGUAUCAGAACUUCCUUGUAGUGGGUUCCUCCAUCCUGCUUUAGUUUUGCAAUCAUGUUCAAUGCCGUUAUAACAUACAUUCAUAUUCCAUGGAUGUUUUGUGCUCUUCCUAGGAUGGAUUAUCUUUAUAUAUUUUAAAUUGCUUUCGUUGAUGCUA